CUUGUGGUUUACACUUCCUUUGGGAGGAGCCCAACCUGUCCAACACUCUUAGUCUGCUCGUUUCUCAAUGGCUCAGGGAAAAGCUUAAUGAAUUGCAGUGAAGCGGCUGUGAAAAAAGUUUUACCCAAGAGUCAUUUGUCUCAGGUGAUUAUGCGUGAUAACCUCCAUGCCCAACGAACCUAUGAGCUGCAGGAGAAAGCCUUGGAGAAGGCCAAGAAAAAGACAAUCCAAUGGUAUGAACAUCUGAAAAAACAGCUCCUAACACACCAGCUGAGAAAGCUGGAGCACUGGAGACAGGAAUCCCUGAAAAUUCAGCCAUACUUGGACAGCUUGAGGGCGUAUGAAAUCCAGUUGAAACUGCAGUCUUCCAGGAACAGGCAGCCGCCCUAGGCACGGCAGAAUGAUCUGCACCAGGGCCACAAUGACAUCAGCCAGACCGGGGCGGGGGGGAGCUAGAAUGAGCCAGCCCACCCCACCGUAAACCAAUAAAGCAACGCCACAGACAGCGGGGACACAAAGAA